UGCUUCGCCUCCUCCACUUCUUCCGCAGUGGAGCGUCAGAGUGCUCUGGAGAUGGCGGCGCGACGAGCCCUAGCUCCCGGAAUGUGGUCGCCACUGCUGGUGCUCCUCGUCGUGUUGGCCGCCGUGGCAGCCGCCGCCGCCGCCGCCGGCGAGAGGGUGCCCCGAGCCGCCUUCGGCACGGCUGUCGGGGCCACCAGGCUGCGCCAGAACCAGACACACACCACUCCCAGGCCAGAGCCGAAGAGCAAGCCGUGCUCCAAGGACAGCGACUGCGAGACGAUCCGCAACACGACGUGCCGCGUCGACAGCGACGGCCACCGCCGCUGCCUGUGCGUCGACAAGGCCCCGCCAGACAACGGCCGCUGCCCCAAGCCGCGAUACUUUGGCCUGCGCUGGGCGUGUUCUGAGGACAGGGAGUGCCUGCCUUUCGGGGAGUGCACGACACCCAACACCACAGAGAGCAACAGUUCGACGGGCCGCGUGUGUCUCUGUAAGCCGGGACACCCCGAGACGGACGAUGAAGAAUGCAGCGGCUCUGGUCUGAGAGGUGGGUCGCUGCAGUUGGUAGCACUGGCGGGCGUUGCUGCAUUCACCCUAUCUGCCGCCUUCUAAAUGGUAGCUCCGACGCCGCCCAGAGCCGCUAACAUCUUCGUCGCAUCCUCAGUACUGUACGGGACAGCGUCCCCGCUCCUGCCUCCUAUGUGACUGAAGUACACACUGAAGCAACAUCAAUCUUCAUACACCGUAUCAAUGAUUACGUAUAAAAAAUUACAUGGUGUCUAAUGCUAGAGAGCGUAUUCACGAUUACCACCGGUUCAAUAUUAUUUAUUGCUUCAAAAUAUUCAAUAUUUAUAAGAUACAGUAUUUUAGAAUAAUCGUUUGUAAACUUUAUGGCAUGAAGCUUUCAAGAAAUCAUACGUUUGUGGCUAAACAAUAUUGUGAUAAUGUUGUGAACUCAUGACUCGCUUGGUUACUUUUAUUGUAUUAACGUUAAAAUCUUAUAAAAAAGGUAAAAUUUCUCUGGGUCCUUUACCGGUUUUAUUAUGUUCAAUUGCCUUGAACUGAAUCUCCGAAUUCUUUUCAGUCUGAUUUCACAUAUUUACUCAUAUUCCAGAAAUGGUUCAUGCGGUGUAUGAAGGCUUAAGGUUUGGAAACAGCUGUCCUAAAUAUAUUUAUUCAUUGUCUUAGUAGUAGUUUUGAUUAAUAAAUUUAUUUAUAAAAUUUAAAUCAGCUCAAGGCGUCUACGUGAAACGCCACUAAUUUAUUCAUUGCAACCCUAUUAGACGUCAUUACAUAGAUUCUCAAUGCUAAUUUUAGUAUUAAUAGCAUUGCCUACUGUAUUACAACUUCCGUUCUAGGUUUUAAUCGUCUCUCUUAUGGAUAAUUCUGGGUUAAGUAUGUUGUACUUGGAAAAGGGGGCACAUUCGAAACAUCGAUUCCACUACACUUAUUUUUAAAAAAAUUCAAUGUGCACUGUCCAUUGCCAACGAAAAUAUGAUCUCUGUUUCGGAAUUAAAUUCGCAUGCAUUGUGCGUGGAUUAUUUCUCUGUUUGUCUGUUCUCAGAUUUACCUUAUUUCAAACUUUAGAAGACUAGGCGAAUAUCUUCUGACAUGCAUAAUACUAUCACUCACCUAAAACAGAUACGAAGUGAUUAUCAUUCAGGAUCUAAAAGAAUUUCGUUUCGUGACAUACAUAUGUCUUAAACCUAGUUUCUUUUAAAUUUUAUAGACGCAAUGUGCCAUACUGCACACAAUAAGAC